UCUCUCUCAAUGGCGGAAAGUAAACCGGUCCGGUACGGUUUUUCAUGUUACCCCUUGUGCAAGUUAUCUCUAAUCUUUCUUUCUCUCCUCUACCUCGUCGUAGCUGCAACUGCUGAUGAUUCGAGUGUUCCAUCAUCCAACACCUGGAGACCCCACCCCUCCAAGAAACUCACUAAACCGGUGGUUUUACUAAUCUCCAGCGACGGUUUCCGCUUCGGUUACCAAUUCAAGACGGAGACACCAAACAUCGACCUCCUCAUUUCUCGAGGAACCGAAGCUCAGACCGGUUUAAUCCCGGUUUUCCCAUCAAUGACGUUCCCAAACCAUAACUCAAUCGCCACGGGACUCUACCCUGCUUACCACGGUAUAAUAAUGAACAAGUUUACCGAUCCAGUAACCGGAGAACUCUUCAAAAGAAACCUAGACCCUAAGUGGUGGUUAGGCGAGCCGUUGUGGGUAACCGCAACAAACCAAGGUCUCAAGGCCGCGACUUACUUUUGGCCAGGCGCUGACGUUCACAAAGGCUCUUGGACUUGCCCUAAAGGGUUUUGCAAAGCUCCUUACAACGUCUCGGUUCCGUUAGAAGAAAGAGUUGAUACGAUCUUGAGCUACUUCGAUCUUCCACAGAGCGAGAUCCCUGAUUUCAUGGCGCUGUAUCUUGAAGAAACGGACGUACAAGGUCAUGAAUAUGGCCCUGACGAUCCUCGUGUCACUGAAGCAGUCACAAAGAUCGAUAAAAUGAUCGGUAGAGUCAUCAAGGGUUUGAAGAAGAGGAAGGUGUUUAGUGAUGUUCAUGUGAUCUUGCUUGGUGAUCACGGAAUGGUUACUAACUGUGACAAGAAAGUGAUUUACAUUGAUGAUUUAGCGGAUUGGAUCAAGAUACCCGCGGAUUGGAUCCAAGAUUAUAGUCCCGUACUAGUGAUGAAUCCACGGUGGGGCAAAGUCAAGAAUCCUGGUGAGAAGAACGCUGAAGUCGUGGCGAAGAUGAACGAAGCUUUGAGCUCAGGGAAAGUAGAGAACGGUGAGUUUUUGCAAGUUUACUUGAAGGAGAAGUUACCGGAAAGGCUGCAUUAUUCCGACAGUUCUCGGAUUCCGCCGAUCAUAGGAAUGGUCGGAGAAGGUCUCAUGGUUAGACAGAACAGAACAAACGUUCAAGAGUGUUAUGGAGAUCAUGGAUACGACAACAUGUUCUUCUCUAUGAGAUCUAUCUUUAUUGGACAUGGUCCGAGGUUUAGGAGAGGAAAGAAAGUGCCGUCUUUUGAGAAUGUUCAGAUCUACAAUGUCGUUGCAGAGAUUCUGGGACUGAGACCAGCUCCGAACAAUGGUUCUUCUUUGUUUACUCGUAGCCUUCUCAUGCCCACUGGAGAAACAAAGCAAGUAAAAUGAAGCUUAAUAAUAGCGUCAGUUUCUUCCUAGGUUCUGAUGUAUUCUACUGUUUUAGUUCAUAUAUCAAUGUAUCGGCAAAUGAAUAAGAGAAGAGGUCAAAUUGUUGGGUCCCUCCUACAUGGAGAGAAC